GAUUGCAGUCUCCAGACGGUACAUGUAGCACUGCAGCGUCAAUCAAACAGGCGCCUGUGCCUGUUUACAGUUGAGUCUGGUCGAAUUCAAUGUGUGUCACUGGGCUGGCUGGCUGUCCCAUGCUCAUGCUCAUGCUCUCUCUUCCCAUCAAUCCCCAGUCAUUAAUCCCAUCCUCCCGCUCGUUCGCUCACCUCACCUCUCAACUGCCCGCAAAGCAGGGACCCCCCAUCACCGUGUCUCGCCCUCCGCUCUCUCGCUACCAGAGGCCGUCGCAUCAACCUGUUGCAUCGCCCAGGUCAAUCCCUGACAGACGGUCGUCGUUGAUGCGGGAAGCUUCAGCAUCACCAACGCCAGAGGGGCCUAGGGAUUCCACCUCGUCGAACGGAUCUUGGAUUAGAAGGCUCUCGAUCCGUCGCCGCCCGUUAUCGCGCCAGGGGAGUGUGAGGUCCAGGUCCAGCGUUGGGCCAGAUUCGCCUUCGAUUGCCCAGUCGUACACCUCGUCGGCCCCGAUUCUAUCCAGGCCGAAUACUGCCGCCAACCCUUUGUCGCCCAACAAGCUUGUGAAGCGCUCUCCAUCAGACCAGGCCGGAGACAUUCCUACGCCAACACGUGCAAGAGCCAAAUCGCAUCUAUCUAUCCUGCGCCGGCCUGCAACGAGCCACCAGAGGUCUGCCACGCUUCACCAUUUCCGCCAGAGUGCAGAUUUAUCGAGUCUGCCGUCGCCAGCAUUUUCCUUCGACCAAUCAGCGUCACUGCAAGAACAUCUUCUGGCGCCUGUGCAACCCCAAAGUCCAAAAAAGAUCAGCUGGGUAUCCUUCUUUCAUUCGCGCACAAAGAAUACAGGCAGUGGUGGUAACCUAGCGAGCCGUCUGGGAGAGGGUUCCGUCCGUGGACAGAGCCUGUCCGGGAAGCGCAUUGCCGUUGGGGGUCAAGAUCGUCAAAAGGUACAUCUCGUCAAGCCCAAGCUGGUAUCAGCUACGUCAGUGCCUUCAAUUGCGCCGUUACCCAUGGAGCGACGACAGGAACUCAGCCAGGUCCGAGAUGAGACAGAUGUUCACGUGGACGAUCGCUCAAUUUCCCCCGAGAGCACGCCCACCGGCAAAGCGGCGCGACCUCUGUCUAUGCCCUUCCCCCCAGUCGGCAAUUGGAUCUCGAGAACGUCGGGAAGCCUUCGACGACCGAAACGGGGGGCUGAGCCUGAUGGUGUGAGCGACAGGCGGCACGUGUCAGCCCCCAGUAAUAGCGGCGCGCAAAUCGCCGUGGAGCUCGACUCUAAAGCGCCGGCGCAUUCGCCCAUCCCACCCAACUCUUUAGCACGGCAGGGGCCGACGCUGGAUUCAGCAGCCAAAGUUCAGCUAACAAUGCAUAAAAGAAGCCAUUCCUCCCCACUUCUCCCCGCUCCUAGAAACUCGAGUUUUCAAAUCGAAGUCCCACGCUUAGGAUCGCCUGGCGGGGCGGCCUCUCACCCAGCACGGCAGCACCAGCCCUCGGGGAGCUCGACAAGCUCCGCAGCCAUGUCGCAGCUAAGAGCGUCGCCAUUGCACGAGGGCUUCGCCGUCGCCGAAAGCUUUGAGAGCGACGCCCGCGGCUUCACGUCAGGGGAUGAGGACGACGCCGACUACAGGAGUGAUACUGUGUUUGAUUCGCUGCGCACGGCAGCUUCCAGUCGCACAAGGGCCGUCGAGACACCCUUGGACUCUAUUUAUGACGACUCUCCCCCGAGCACUGCAGGAAAUAAUGGUAGGACCAAGCGCCUCUCAAUACAGGAAAUCUUGGGUCACACCUGGGGCGGUGACACAGACAUCAUGGAGGAGGACGAAAAUACAGUGAUGCCCACAGGGGUCGAACCUGUCGGUGCCAGGGCAAGAUAUUCUAGCCGCCACGUCUUCACCACCCUGCCUCGCAUCAGCUCAGAAUCGUCGCAGAACGGCGUCUCGCUCUAUGCCAAAGACUUUGGUCGCAUUUCGCUCGACGACGACUUUGACGAAGAUUGGGGCGAUGACGACGAUGCCCAUUUCAAUCCACUCUCUCCCCCUUCCAAAGGCAGCUCGCUCGACUCUCGACACAUUAACCCCAAUGUCAGAGUUGCGCUAGCGAAUCUGAGCCUCGACCACAUGUCCGAUAUGGAUCCGGAUGACAGGCGCUUGACCAACUUGUUUGACUGGAGUGAGACUUCUUUUCACGAAAAGAGCAACGUGGGCGGUGUUCCCUUGCGCCCCAAGACGUCUUACGAAAAGCAGGAGCUCGACGCCAGGGGCGGACGUUCCGUUAUUCGCAACCCUGUCCCGGCACACAUUCGAAGCCAAAGUGUGCCUCUCUCGCACGCCAUAGACGAGGCUAAACCUUCCAACGGUGCCAAGUACGGCACCUGGGGGCUGGGCUCAAAAGGAGUCUCUGAGGAUUGGGACGAGGAUUUCGAGUUUGGUGGUAACGCCAAUGAGAACGAUGGCACAGCCGACGGCAAGCUGUUCUCGGUACCCGAAUCUAUCCAGGCUUCGCAGCCCAGUGUGAAGGCGCAUUCAGGACAAAUCCGCGAACUUUCUUUACUCGUCAACGACCUCAAGCGACUGUGCCGCCAUGGGCGCGAUAUGGACAUGCUCGAUGGCCCGCAAAAGACUUUGUGGAAGGAGGCUGAGGGCGUCAUUGCACUAGCCUCGCCUGAUGAGGAGGAGUCGGUAGACGGAGAAAUUGAUGGCGAUUCUACUGAUACGAUGGAUGAAUUCGACAACAAUGAUGGGUUCUCUGAUGAUGAAGAAGAUAUUUUCGCUGAUCUCUCAUUCACCAAGCUGGACAUGGCUUGGGAUAUCAAGGAGCCUAUGUCAAAGACGGCUGUGGUCCGUGAGCGUCAAUCCCCGAAACGACGAUCUGUCUUUUCCCCCGACGACGACAUCUUUGGUGGAAAUUGGCCAUUAGUGGACGAUAACCUGCCUUCAGAACGCCCUAGUCGCACUCGGACACCCGAAUUGCGAGCCGAUAAACAGCAAGAAGCUGCCAACGGCGCUCGGUCGGUCAUGGAGGCAAUGCAUCGCUCUACCCCCAACCAGGAAUCACAACCUCAUUCGGAUACCAAGAUGCAUUUCGACACAAACAGCCUGAGAGUCUUGGUGAAGAGAGCCGGAGAGCUUCGUGAUUCCUUGUCAGAUGUUGUACGUCGGGCUGAGCAAAUAACGCAGAGCCCUGCCGGAACUCCAAAACGCGAACGUCAACCCGAUUCAAGUCCCGCUUUCACGAAAAUGUUUGAUGAACCUGGCUCAAGCCAGUCUCGUCGCACCAUCCGACAUCGUGGCAACCUCUCUACCUUGCUGGAUUCAUCGUCACCAGACAACUCAUCCUCAUCUUCACCGAUGAACAGACGCAUACAGACAGUGAUUGCCAGCUAG